AUGGAACCAAGAGCUCAUCCACACCUUCAGCAGCAGUAUCUUCCCACCCAGGACCUCUCCACAGACACCAGAGCUCACCCACACCAUCAGCAGCAGUGUCUUCCCACCCAGGACCUCUCACAAACACCAGAGCUCACCCACACCAUCAGCAGCAGUAUCUUCCUACCCAGGACCUGUCCACAGACACCAGAGCUCACCCACACCGUCAGCAGCAGUGUCUUCCUACCCAGGACCUCUCCACACACACCAGAGCUCACCUACACCAUCAGCAGCAGUGUCUUCCCACCCAGGACCUGUCCACAGACACCAGAGCUCACCCACAUCAUCCGCAGCAGUGUCUUUCUAACCAGGACCUCUCCACGAACACCAGAGCUAACCCACACCAUCAGCAGCAGUAUCUUCCUACCCAGGACCUGUCCACAGACACCAGAGCUCACCCACACCGUCAGCAGCAGUGUCUUCCUACCCAGGACCUCUCCACACACACCAGAGCUCACCUACACCAUCAGCAGCAGUGUCUUCCUACCCAGUACCUGUCCACGGACACCAGAGCUCACCUACACCAUCAGCAGCAGUGUCUUCCCACCCAGGACCUGUCCACAGACACCAGAACUCACCUACACCAUCAGCAGCAGUGUCUUCCUACCCGGUACCUGUCCACGGACACCAGAGCUCACCCACACCAUCAGCAGCAGUGUCUUCCCACCCAGGACCUGUCCACAGACACCAGAGCUCACCCACACCAUCAGCAGCAGUGUCUUCCUACCCAGGACCUGUCCACACACACCAGAGCUCACCCACACCGUCAGCAGCAGUGUCUUCCUACCCAGGACCUGUCCACACACACCAGAGCUCACCCACACCGUCAGCAGCAGUGUCUUCCCACCCAGGACCUGUCCACAGACACCAGAGCUCACCCACACCAUCAGCAGCAGUGUCUUCCCACCCAGGACCUCUCCACAGACACCAGAGCUCACCCACACCAUCAGCAGCAGUGUCUUCCCACCCAGGACCUCUCCACAGACACCAGAGCUCACCCACACCGUCAGCAGCAGUGUCUUCCCACCCAGGACCUCUCCACAGACACCAGAGCUCACCCACACCGUCAGCAGCAGUGUCUUCCCACCCAGGACCUCUCCACAGACACCAGAGCUCACCCACACCGUCAGCAGCAGUGUCUUCCUACCCAGUACCUGUCCACACACACCAGAGCUCACCUACACCGUCAGCAGCAGUGUCUUCCCACCCAGGCUCUGUCCACAGACACCAGAGCUCACCCACACCGUCAGCAGCAGUGUCUUCCCACCCAGGACCUCUCCACAGACACCAGAGCUCACCCACACCGUCAGCAGCAGUGUCUUCCCACCCAGGACCUCUCCACAGACACCAGAGCUCACCCACACCGUCAGCAGCAGUGUCUUCCCACCCAGGACCUCUCCACAGACACCAGAGCUCACCCACACUGUCAGCAGCAGUGUCUUCCCACCCAAGACCUCUCCACGGACACCAGAGCUCACCCACACCGUCAGCAGCAGUGUCUUCCCACCCAAGACCUCUCCACGGACACCAGAACUCACCCACACCCGUCAGCAGCAGUGUCUUCGCUUGCCCUUCGUCUGCUCUCUGCCUGAGGAGUCCCCACAAUGUGGAAGAGUUUGA